AUGAAUUAAUAGAAACUGUUCACAUGUUAAGAUAUAGCUCAUGAAGGUGAAGCCAUACAAGGAUUUUGUUUAAAUAUAGGAUGCUAAGAUGCAAGAUCUUAAUUCUGUUUUUAAUGUGGAUUUGACCCUAAGAAACAUACUAAUUGCAAAAAAGAUCUAAAAGGAUUUGGUAUGAUUUAAAGUUUUAUCACUAAAUUCGAUUAGUAUAUACUUGAAUUAACUGUUUAAUUGAAUUAAUCUUAUUCAUCAGUCAAAAUAAAAUAUGAAGAAUUCUCAAAAUAUUUGGAGAAAAUAAGAAUACAAUUACAAAAAAUAUCUUAUGGUUUAACUUAAUAAGAUUAUAAAUAUUUUAAAGACAAUUUGUAAAUGAUUAAGGAAUGCUAUCAAUUUUCAAACAAUUAAGAGGAGAUCAUGAAGUAGAAUUAAAUUAGUAUGUUUACAUUAUUAAUAUUUAUAGGAAACUAGUUAAUUAGUAUAAAAAGAAUGAUUCAAGCUUUUGAUUUGGGUGAAGGAUAAUAGUAAACUCAAGAUACUAAACAAUAUGAUUAAAUCACACUUGAGUAAGGUAUUCUAUUUUUAAAAAAUAUAAAUAUUAGGAAUAGAAUUAUUAAAUCAAAAGAGAUGGUAGGAGGCUAAUGAAAAAAUAAAUUAAUACUUAAAAUUAUUAGAAAAACAGUAAUCAUUUGCAACUUUGUUUUAAAGUAAUUCUAAAAUAAUUAUUUUAUUAAGGCAUUACUUUAAUUGAAAUGAAUCAACCAGGAGAAGGGAUAAAAAUGAGAGAAAAAGCUAAGAAGAUUAAUAAUAACCUAUAUAAAGAUCUAUUGGAUUAUUCAAAUUUAAAACUUAUAAAUAAUCCUUAAAAUACUUUUUUUUUAAUUGCAAAAAGUAAAUGAAAUCAAUAAAUAGGUUAUGCAUUAAAUGAUAAGAUGUAAUAUGAAUAAGCAAUCGCGUAAUGUGAAAAGGUUUUGAAGGAAGAGCCUUAACAUCUCCAUGCUCUAUAUAGAAAAAGUAAUCAUAAAUUUUGUAGAAUAGGCUUUUCUUUAUAAGAUUUGAAUUAACAUUCAUAAGCAGUUUCGUGUAUUGAAAAAGCUUUAAGUGAAAAUUUUAAAUACUCUAUUGGUUACAUAUUAUAAGGUUGUUUAUUAUGUCUUAUUUUAAGGGUAUUCAUUAAAAAGUAUUGGUAAAUAAAAAGAUGCCAUUGAUUGCUAUGAUAAAGCAAUUUAAUUAGAUCCUAAUUACGCAUAAGCUUAUACUAAUAAAGGUUAAUCAAGUUUUGAUUUUAUAGGCGCUUCUUUAGAUGAUCUUGGUUAAUAUAACGAUGCAAUUAAUUGCUAUAAUAAAGCAAUCUAAUUGGAUCCUAAUGAUGCAUAAGCAUAUUUUAAUAAAGGUUAAACAAUUUUUAUCAUUUCAUUAGGCAAUUCCUUAAAAAAUCUAAAAAAAUAUAACGAUGCAAUUAAUUGCUAUGAUAAAGCAAUAAAACUGGAUGUUAAUAAUGCAUCAGCCUAUAUUAAUAAAGGUUUAUAAAUUUUUUGAUUUUAAUAGGGAAUUCCUUAAAAAGUCUUUUAAAAUAUAGUGAUGCGAUUAAUUGCUAUGAUAAAGCAAUUUAACUGGAUUCUAAUAAUGCAAAAGUAUAUAAUAAUAAAGGUUUAUAAAUUUUUUGAUUUAUAGGUGCUUCUUUAAUUGAUCUUUGUAAAUAUAACGAUGCAAUUAAUUGCUAUGAUAAAGCAAUUCAACUGGAUCCUAAUUAUGCAACAGCUUAUACUAAUAAAGGUUAAUCAAUAUUUUGAUCAUAUAGGUGCUUCCUUAGAUGCUCUUUGUAAAUAUAACGAUGCAAUUAAUUGCUAUGAUAAAGUAAUCCUAUUAGAUCCUAAUGAUGCAUAAGCGUAUUUUAAUAAAGGUUAAUCAUUUUUUCAUUUGAAUAGGUAAUUCCUUAUAUAAUCUAAAAUAAUAUAACGAUGCAAUUCAUUUCUAUGAUAAAGUAAUACAACUGGAUCCUAAUGAUGCAUCAUCUUAUAUUAGUAAAGGUUAAUUAAUUUCAUAUUUUAAUAGGCAAUUCUUUAUAAAAUCUAAAAAAAUAUAACGAUGCAAUUAAUUUCUAUGAUAAAGCAAUCGAACUGGAUACUAAUUGCUCAUAAGCAUAUAAUAAUAAAGGUUAAUCACUCUAUUCAUUUUAAUAGGUGUUUCCUUAAAAAGUUUAAGAAAGUAUAAAGAUUCAAUUAAUUGCUAUGAUAAAGCAAUUUAAUUAGAUCCUUAUUAUGCAUAAGCUUAUAUUAAUAAAGGUUAAUCAUUUUUUCAUUUUAUUAGGUAAUACCUUAUCAAAUCUAAAAAAAUAUAAAGAUGCAAUAAAUUGCUAUGAUAAAGCGAUCUAAUUGGAUCCUAAUUAUACAUAAGCUUAUAAUAAUAAAGGUUAAUAAUUAAUUACAUUUUUAUAGGAAAUUCUUUAUAAAGUCUUAAAAAAUAUGAUGAUGCAAUCAAAUGGUACGAUAAAGCAAUCUAAUUGGAUCCUAAUUAUGCAUCAGCUUAUAUUAACAAAGGUUAAUCAAAUGAUUGAUUUAAUAGGCAAUUCCUUAUAAAAUCUAAAAUGUUAUAGUGAUGCAAUUAAUUUCUAUGAUAAAGCAAUUGAACUGGAUACUAAUUGCUCAUAAGCAUAUAAUAAUAAAGGUUAAUAGCUCUUUUCAUUUUGAUAGGUGUUUCCUUAAAAAAUUUAAGAAAGUAUAAAGAUUCAAUUAAUUGCUAUGAUAAAGCAAUUUAAUUAGAUCCUUAUUAUGCAUAAGCUUAUACUAAUAAAGGUUAAUCAAUAUUUUGAUUUUAUAGGCGCUUCUUUAGAUGAUCUUGGUUAAUAUAACGAUGCAAUUAAUUGCUAUAAUAAAGCAAUCUAAUUGGAUCCUAAAAAUGCAUCAGUCUAUAUUAAUAAAGGUUAAACAAUUUUUUCAUUUUAAUAGGCAAUUCUUUAUAAAGUCUUCAAAAAUAUAGCGAUGCAAUUAAUUGCUAUGAUAAAGCAAUCCAACUAGAUCCUAAUGAUGCAUCAGCCUAUACUAAUAAAGGUUAAUCAAGUUUUGAUUUUAUAGGCACUUCUCUAGAUGAUCUUGGUGAAUAUAACGAUGCAAUUAAUUGCUAUGAUAAAGCAAUCUAACUGAAUCCUAAAAAUGCAUCAGCCUAUAUUAAUAAAGGUUAAACAAUUUUUUUAUUUUAAUAGGCAAUUCCUUAUAAAAUCUACAAUAUUAUAGCGAUGCAAUUAAUUUCUAUAGUAAAGCAAUCUAAUUAGAUCCUCAUAAUUCAUUAGCUUAUUUUAAUUAAGGUCAGUAAAUUUUUUGAUUUUAAUAGGUAAUUCCUUAUAAAAUCUCAAAAAAUAUAAAGAUGCAAUUAAUUGUUAUGAUAAAGCAAUACAACUGGACCCUAAUUAUCCAUAAACUUAUAAUAAUAAAGUUUAUUCAAUUUAUUGAUUUGAAUAGGCAAUUCCUUAUAAAAUCUAAAAAAAUAUGACGAUGCAAUUAGUUGCUAUGAUAAAAUAAUCAAACUGGAUCCUAAUUAUGCAUCAGCCAAUUUUAAAAAAGGUUAAUCAAUUUUUGAAUUUUAAUAGGUGCUUCCAUAGAUAAUCUUUAUAGCUAUAACGAUGCAAUUAGUUGUUAUGAUAAAGCAAUUUAACUAGAUCCUUAUUAUACAUUAGCCUAUAUUAAUAAAGGUUAAUAAUUUUUUUUAUUUGAAUAGGUGCUUACUUAGAUGAACUUGGUAAAUAUAAUGAUGCAAUUAAAUGCUAUGAUAAAGUAAUUCAACUAGAUCCAAGUUAUGCAUAAGCCUAUAUUAAUAAAGGUUAAACAAUUUUUUUAUUUUAAUAGGCAAUUCCUUAUAAAAUCUAAAAUAAUAUAACGAUGCAAUUAAUUGCUAUGAUAAAGCAAUUCAACUGGAUUCUAAUUAGGCAUCAGCCUAUAUUAAUAAAGGUUAAUCAAUUUUUUGAUUUUAAUAGGUGCUUCCUUAGAUGAUCUUUGUAAAUAUAAUGAUGCAAUUAAAUGCUAUGAUAAGGUAAUCUAAAUGAAUCCAAAUUAAGCAUUAUCCUAUAUGAAUAAAGGUUAAUCAAUUUUUUGAUUAUUAUAGGCAAUUUCUUAUAAAAACUAAAAUAAUUUAAUGAUGCAAUUAAUUGCUAUGAUAAAGCAAUCCAACUGGAUCCUUAUUAUACAUCAGUCUAUAUUCAUAAAGGUAAUCAAUUUUUCAUUUUAAUAGGUUAUUUACUAACUUAAAUGAUGAAAUAUUAAUAAGCCAUAGAUGUAUAUGAGCAAGCAAUUUUAUAUUGCUAAUUAUAUUAGAAUGAGUUUAGACAAUUAAUAAAGGAAUUAAGAAAUAAGAAUUGA